AUGACGAUGGCAGGGAUGACGAAUGAAGAGUUGCCCAUGGGUAAGACCAAAGUAACCCGUCGGUCGGUCACGUCUGGACAUGAUCCUGAUGUUGGAGCGGAUACCAAACAAGAUGCCUCUGCCAGGUUUUCGAGAGUGGUAAAACGAGGUAAAGUGGAUGCCGCAGACACUCUCUAUCAACGCGCUCUUCAAGACGUCUUCCUAACCCGUUUCGGUCCCUUGUUGAUAUCGCUCAACCCCGGUAAACCCGUCGAGCAAAUCAGCCAAGAAGAUCUCGUCGAGAGAUACCAUCCGACUACCGUCCGUACCACUCAAGAAGGCAUUUCCUUCCUCUCCGACCAGCCUCACAUCUUUGACGUUUGUACACAGAUCUACAAUGGUUUGGUACUCGGUCAACCUCUUCAGGUCAUCGAACAUACGGGAGAAACGACGAUAUUCGUUAUCUUGGUUGUUACAAGAUGGCAUACAGCUCAUCGAGGAACCCUUCGUGUCAUCUCCCCCGUUAGCUUGGAAUCAUUUGGUGCUCUCGGCAUCCCUCCCCACGCCAUCGUCGUCUCCCUCGGUAGUUGCGCAGCAUGUAGAAUAUGUAAGUCGGCAUGUAUCCGAUCUUCCCCCAAGAAACAUGUCUACGUCAUCAUGAUCCCUCACGUGCAAGAUGGAGAGACGGUGGUGGGUGAAAGCGAUGGCGAUGGCGAUGGCGAUGGCAAUGGCGAUGGCGAUGGCGAUGGCGAUGGCGAUGGCGGCAAGGUGGUAGGAGAUGGCGUAAAGGACACUGGAGGAAACUUUAUCUACGUCUUGGAAUCAAACCUUCGUUUAGACGGUAAAUCUUCCAAGAUACAAAAUUUGAGAUUAGAACGUGACUUGACCUUAGGGGUCUCCCCAUUUGAACAAGAGGGAACCCCUUCACGAGAGAAACAACAAGAUCAAGAACCGUCUACCUUUACCCAUCAGGCAUCUUUCAAUCUUGGGGAGGAAUACGCUUUCGAACAUUUCUCAAAUCAUGAAUCCUACGACCCAUCCCCAGAAAAACAACUUGACAAGAUGGAAACCCCUCAUACGCCAAGCCCUGAGAUAUCAUCUGUGAAAGCGGUCAACGAUUCCCUCCAAAGUCCAUCCAUCGUCAUUAUGCAACCUCUCUCCUCGGUGGAGACCACCAGCCAGGAUGGAAAGUCGGAUACGAAGAAGAGAAAGCUGUCGUUCGGUUCCUCUUCCAAUCAAGACAAGAUAUCUCCGACCGUGACGAUGACGACGAGGAGAAGGAGGCAAGUCCUACUCGGGACGCGAUACCUACUGGAAAUGGCUAAUGAGACGGUGGGAAAAUCACUUCGAAAAAACCAACGCGACGCGAUGGAACAUGAUCAACACAUGUCACACACUCUCGAACGGUUGGAACAAUUGGAAGAGAUGAUCCAGCUCGAAAAACGAAAGAUGACACAAUCGCAAUUUGACUCGAGGUCCGCCGAAGACAGAUUGAACCGGGAACGAGAAGAGGUCAAACGUUUGAAAGUUGAGAACCCUUCGUUAUAUGAGACUGUGGAACGAGAGAAGAGAAUGAUGGUGGAAAUGUCGACCAGACUCAAGGAAUUGGAACAGUCACGUUUGGUCCACGAGGAGAGGCAGAUUAAGGAAUUGGAACAGUUACGUCUGAUUCACGAGGAGAGGCAGAAUGAGCUGAGACGAGAGUUGGGAACCGUUCGGUCGUCCAUGAGGGACAUGACGGAAAUCUCAGAGGGUCGGCUAGAGUGGAUCAAGAAGGGUUUCAAGGUAGGAUCGGAAUCGGAAUCGGAAUCAGGAUCAGUGGCAGACAGGAUGAUAUCUUGGUUGACGGAUGGCAAGAAGAUGUUAGACCUGGCCGCGGUACAAGAUCUAGACCUCUCCCUCGCCGCCGAAACGCUCUUCCAACGGGCUAAAGCAGGUCAUUUCCUAACUACAUUCGGUCCUUUAUACAUCUCUCUCAAUCCCGGUACUCGCAUCCAACUCAUUGAAUGCUUCGGUAACGCUUCCACCAGGCUCAGCGACAACUCUAGUCGUUUCGCCAGCAGCGUCACCAUCACUUUUGACACCCGUAACCCAUCGGAACCCUUGCCCACCCAGGUGGAAAUAGACGUGUUCGCUUGGGAGAAAACUUGUGUGAUCGUACCUCGUGUGGCCGAAAGCAACUUUCAUCUUCUCGAAAGCUUUGCUCUUUCCAAAAACCUGUCUCUCCCCAGAUCCAAGUCCAAAUCCGACUCGACCGCCCUCCCCCAACUAAGCUCUCCGUCUUGGACUCGGAUCUCCACCCUCUUGGCUUUGUUUUUCGACCACGAAGAAGUGUCUCAAAUCGAAUUCAUCCUCGACAACAUCCUCGACCUGUUGAUCGAGCAAGACCCACGAGGCAUACUCGUCGCUGGGUACAUGUACGAGACCCUCUUCUCAUCCGUCGUCCGUAAAGUCAACGAGGCCCUCGGAGCGAAUACAACACCACCUUCCCAAAAUGGUAAAGUCAUGCUUGUGGACAGCCCAGGUUUCGAGCUUGUCGAUCAUAUGGCUCUCGAUCAAUUCCUCUACAACACAUAUGGUGAGGUCACUGGAAUCCAAGGUUCCGGUCUCGAGGAUCUGUCAGAAGCACUGGUAGAACUUCAAAGUGAGAUCGAUCCCAUCGCUCAUCUCGACACGUCAGAUCCUGCGACGUUGACCGUCAAGCAUUUCGCGGCCACGGUCCGAUAA